AGUAAAUUUCCCGCAUUGCUGGAUAGAAGUUACUAUCCAGAUAUUAUCUUGAAAAUAACCUACGGUACCGUGCGUAGUUGUGCGAAAAGAAUUCUAUUCCUUACUUGCUUCAGAUUAUUUAAUCUACUAUUGGAUAACGAUUUAAAAUGAUUAACACCGUUAAGAAUGCGUUCGUGUGAAACUGAAAUGCCAGUACCACCACAUAAUCUGUCAGCCGUUAGGAUUAUCCUUCUCAAAUAUUUUCCAGCUUCAAUAAUUCUCAAUUUUUCUAACGAAGAUCUUCUGUCUAUUAUAAAUCAACGGAGAAAUAGAUCCCUUAUGACAGAUCAAACAACCGAUACGCUUGAAUUGGACUGCGGUGGAGAUACGUUAUUAAACUUAUCUACGGCAUACGCAGAGAAGUAUCAUGUUUACACAUCAAUUUUAGUUUGCAUAUUUGGAAGCGUUGCAAACAUUUUAAAUAUAAUAGUUUUGACAAGAAAGGAAAUGUCCAAUGCUCCGAUUAACCGCAUCUUAAGCGCGUUAGCUGUAGCUGAUAUGUUACUUAUGAUUGAAUAUAUUCCAUUUGCAUAUUAUUAUCACGACGAAAGAGGAAGGAAGGAUUUUUGUUAUUAUGGUGCUGUAUUUACUCUUUUCCAUAUCAAUUACAGUCAACUACUACAUACAAUAUCCGUUUGCUUAACGCUGUCAUUGGCAAUUUGGAGGUUUCUAGCUAUUGGAUAUCCGAAACAAAAUCAUCAGCUAUGCUCUAACAGCAGAUGCACAUUAGCCAUCUGCAUUUGUUACAUCUUACCCAUAUUCCUGUGUAUUCCGGCUUACUACAUUUUCGAAAUAUCAUCAAUAGUUAUAGAAGAGAACAAUGAAAAUAUUACUCUCUAUCACACUGAUCUAAAAGAAGAAGUAAAACAAGAUAAAACACUACUCAAAAUAAAUUUUUGGCUAUUUGCUGUAUUCAUCAAACUUUUACCUUGCUUCAUAUUAACCAUAAUCAGUAUCUGGUUAAUUAAAACUUUAUUUGAUGCCAAAAAGAGGAGACAAGUGUUAAGAGGUUACGAUUCAUUUCCUCUCACGGUAGAUGGUAAGGAAGUGAAAAGAAAAGGUAACAAAGCAGAAAGGAGAUCCGACAGAACAACGAAAAUGCUUGUAGCUGUAUUAUUAUUAUUUCUGAUCACAGAAUUCCCUCAAGGGAUAUUUGCUUUUUUUAUCGGUAUAAAAGGCCACGAUCUCUUUUUACAAUGUUACCAACCUUAUGGAGAGGUGAUGGACAUUAUGGCAUUAGCCAACGGCUCUAUAAACUUCAUUUUAUAUUGUUGUAUGAAUCGAAUGUUUAGAACUACAUUCAGUCAAUUAUUUAAACCAAGGAUUUUGGAUAAGUGGACAGGAAAUUCUUCUGAAGCGCAUACAACGACAGUGCCAAACGGGACAAAUACAACUACGUUGUAGAAGUUGGAAUAGAUGUAAAUAAAUUGUGAAUUCAAAUUUUAAUUGUAAUAUACUAUAUUGUAAGAGUUUUUCAGAAUGUCAAUACAUAAUUAAGACAAUCCUAAAAGUGAUUAAUGCAGUUAUUAUUUAUAUUAAUUUGGACCGUUCAAUUAGUAUUUUCAAAUAACGUUAUUAGAAAGAAAGCGACGUCCCAUGAAUUCAGAAUUCUCUUUAUAUUGUUAGUUCAAUCUUCUCAAUUUAAUCCUCUCCUCUACCCUCCAAUAUUUCUAUAUCAAACUAUUUCAUCUUUAUUCUUUUCAAAUUUCAAAUUCAGAGUACUUGAUAUCGAUAAAUGGCUUUUUCAGGUAGAUGAGAAGCAUUAUUUACUACUACCCUCCCAUUUUUCUACAUCAAACUUUCUUAUAUCUACAUCCGCCUCUUCUAUUUCUUCUUUAGUCUUUUCAAAUUUCAAAUUCAGAUUAGUUAAUAUUGAUAAAUGCCUCAGAAAUUUGUUUUAGUUUAGAACUGCGAACCAAAUACAAACCUCAUACUUCUGAAUUGUUUCCGGUAUAUGGAAGCGUUAUUUUUGAAUACCAUAUAUUAAAUUGUAAACACUUUUGGGAUUAAAUUUAAUAUAUUUUAGAACUGGUUGCGAUGAAUUGUUUAAGAAGUUUGUUUAUUGUCUGAAAUAAUUGCUGUUCGACUAGAGUGGCCGUACGGAAAUAUAACAGCAGCUAAUAUUAGAACUCACCAAUCCAAAGAGAUAUAUUUCUUUCGAAUAAUUGAAUUUCAUGUAAUUUUAUUAAUCAUUUUUUUAUUUAUUUUAAUGAUUUAACGUUGGAAGUAGUUCGGAAUACAAAAACUGCAAGGAACAAGUAAAUUAUAGAAUUGUAAAUGUGAAUAGUUUUCUGGCAAAAUCCAAAAUUGAAAGUAGAAACACAAACAUUGAGGUAAACAAUAAUAAAACGAAUUGUCAGUAAGAAACCGGAAAAGUAUUAUACUAAAUCAAAAAUAUUACUCAUACGUUAUUCAAUGAGUUGAUUGAAUCAAAUUUAAAUUUCAUUUGUGGAGCUGUAGGUAAUAUUAGUUACGAAAUCAUCGUAAUUACGUACAGUAUAACUUAUGAUGAGAUAUUCUCGUGGCAACGCGAUUGCUACUACAGAUAUUUUCAAUUGAAUGAAAGUGAAACGUUGGAUACACCCACAUUCUGAUGAUAAUAUCGGAAAACCAACCAAACCUAUGUAAAGGUUUAGAAAUGUAUCGUGUUUGCUGAAUAUUAAGUCAAUAUCAAGUCCUAUUAAGUGAAUCACGUUUAGAAUCUUUAUCUGCAAAGUGAAACAAGUAUUAAUUUUUCGAGCUAUUUUAUUCAAUUGGAUUAAAACCAAAAGUUCACUGCACAUUUCACUAUAUCGAACUACAGCAAAUUGUAUUUAUCUUACAAACCCAUAUACGUAUAUUAUAAGAAAUGAAACACCAAAGUGUACUUUUUUUAAUAUACAUUCUGAGCUUUAUAUAAUAUAUUUAUUUUAAGUGUCAUUUUGAAUGUUGUAUUUUGACGCAAGAAUUUAAGAAUUCAUACAAAAUUCCAGAUGCUAUAAAUAAAAAUUCUCGAUUAAUCAAUUCUCUGAUGCUGAAUAUAUAUUGAGUUUGUUUGCUACAGUCCCACAACAAAAAAAUUUAUAAAAAAAAAUAGUCUGUCGUUAAAUUUGAAAAUUGGAGUUGGUGGGAUAGGAUUGGGUUGGUUUUGACGGAGAAGGUUCGAAAACCAGUGAAAUAUUUUAUUUAUAUUCUUCAUAGUAUUUUCAAUCUCAUUAGGAUAUUCCUUAGAAAAUUCAAAAAAUUAAUUAACAUAUAAUUAAAAUUUAAUUUCAUGAUUAUUCAAAGUUCAAGACUAAUUUGAUUAUUUUUCAUUUCAUCAUCCUUCGUUUAAUUCAUUAAUCCAGUACUAAUAACCGAACUGGAAAUCAACUAAUUCAAUUAUUGGUAAAAGUGCAAAUUUCUGAUAUCUGGAACUUCGAUAAAUGGUUUCUACUACUUCAAAAACGCUAAACCAACGUCUUUUAUUAGGAUCCUAAGCCGGGCAGAUACGGAAUUAUAACCAUAAAUAUUUUAGUUGAUUAAUAAGAAAAACUUUUUUUUGAAGAUGUACUAUACACGUUACAGUGUCAAUGAAGCUCGGCAACAAUUAUAAAAACAGUUAUUCAAUCUGGCUCAGUAGAUAUUUGCUAUAUGCAAUUCUUGUUGGUUCACAAUAUACUCCCUGUUUUAAUUGGGUAUUCUCCAUACAAGUGUCCAAUGUUUGAAACCACACGAAUAUAAAGUAAUGAAGAAGUUUUUGGGAAAGAAAAAUUCAUCGGAAUGGUUUUUUGUGAAGCUAUUUUAAAUUGAGUUCACAAAGAUAGAAAUUUUAGUGAAAAUAUUUGUUUGAUGGAGGUACAUAAAUCAACAUAAAUUUCCAUAAUUGGCACCAAAAAACGAGCAUUUAAGAAUUAAGAAUCGUUUCCACGUUGUGCAAUUGCUUUAGUUUGAAUUGGAAUAUUUGGUCGAAUUAUCAUUUAGAAUUAUCAGAAAAUAAGUGAAUUGGAAAUAUUGCUCGCAAGAAUUUUAUUUGGUUUUAGCACUAUGGAUAUCCGGCUCAUUCAUCCAACGCAAUUGAAUGACAGUAAAAUAAUAUUUUUGAGAAUUGUUAGAUAGUAGAUAGUACACCAGUUCAUUGACCAGCUCAAUCACCAGAUUUCACAUAAACUGAUUUUUUAGUAGCAUAUUUGAAAUCUAAAAUUUAUAAACUUAUACACCUUGGUGUUGUUUAUUCCUAGCUCUGCACUCUAAUAUAACCACAACUUUCAAAUACAUCAAUGACAAACCGUUUUUCAUUUUCUUAAUUUUCAAACUGAAUUUCUAUUAAAUAUUACAAAUUUCAAAACAAUAAUAAGUAAAUAGGAAUUAGAGAAUAUUUUUGGUUUUGUAUUCGAUUAGAAAAAAAGCUAUAAUUGCUUUAAAAUAAUUAAAUACAUUUUGGAGUUGUUUGAUUUGGACAUGUUUAAAAUACUGAAACAGAUCAUACCAUAUUUUUUGCCACUGCUGUUUUAUCUUCGCAUGACCACUUUGUAUGUUUACUAAAAUAAAAAAAAUACUAAA